GCCGGUGCGUUGGUCGGCACCGGUGCCGUUCAAUCGCGUCGACGUGUUGCGCGCGGCCGGAUGGACAUGCAGCCGGCGACGCGACGUUCAUCGGGCGUGUUGAAACUGGGCCGGUACAUCGUCCGGUGCCUGACGGCCCAGCCGGACAUCUGGCUGCUGUUCUUGUACAAGUGCGGUCAACUGGUGGCCGUCAACCUGCACGAACCGGUGGCCCGGAGCGUGGGCAUCCUGGACGAACUGUUCCAAGCGCAACAGGGACUGUCGCCGGAACCGGUGGGACGCAGUCGCGACCGAGAACGCGCCGGGCGACCGAUCGCCGCCAUAGGGUCGUCGCCGUCGUCGCCUCCGCGAUCCACGGCCGACGGUCGGCUGUCGCACCGGGCGCCGUCGUCCGUCGCGUCGUCGCCCGACUCGGUGUCGUCCGCGUCGUCGCCGGACAACGACCAGUACCGCGGCAUGGACGAGGACGACACGGACGACGGGUACACCGACUCGGACGACGAACCGUUCGCUUACAUGACCGGCCGCCGGUUCUCGAGCACACCGUCGUGCACCGGAGGUUCGCGGACCCGUCGCAGCAGUUCCGGUUGCGGUAGCAGUUACAUCAGCGACACCAACAGCCGCCGGAGCAGCGUGGCCGCCGGCCGCCGGCACAACAGCUGCACCGACAUCGCCGAGGUGGCCGACGACACUUCGGUCGGCGGCAGUUGCAGAGAUACGCUGAGCGUCAAUUCGUAUGGAAUGCCUCAGUCUGGUUCCACUGUGUCCCAGAGAGAGAGUUCCAGCUUCCUGCCUGUCACUCAGCCGGCCAGUGCGCCCGCAUCACCAGUAGGUUCUCCUGUCUCGCAACUGUUAUCCGAUCUCUCCAACAUCACCCUAGAUCCGAACUGGCAAGCCAUCAAGUCUACUGUACGUGAACGUAAUGCUGCCAUGUUCAAUAACGACCUCAUGGCUGAUAUAUACUUUGUCGUCGGCAAUCCAGGACACACCCAACGUAUACCAUCACAUAAAUACAUUUUAGCCACUGGAAGUUCUGUUUUCUAUGCUAUGUUCUAUGGUGGCCUAGCAGACACUAAAGAAGAAAUCGAGGUGCCAGAUGUCGAGCCAACUGCUUUUCUCACUUUACUAAGGUAUUUAUAUUGUGAUGAAAUCCAAUUGGAACCUGACACAGUGUUAGCUACAUUGUAUGUGGCUAAAAAAUAUAUCGUACCUCAUUUAGCCAGAGCUUGCGUUAAUUACUUGGAGACAAGUUUAACUGCAAAAAAUGCAUGUCUGCUCCUCAGUCAAUCGCGACUGUUCGAGGAGCCAGAACUGAUGCAGAGAUGUUGGGAAGUGAUUGAUGCACAAGCAGAGAUUGCAUUACAUUCAGAUGGAUUUGUUGAUAUAGAUGCUGACACGUUGCAGAGUGUAUUAGGACGUGAAACCAUUAAUUGCAAAGAAACCAUACUAUGGGAAGCAGCCAUGAAUUGGGCCUCAGCUGAAUGUAGCAGACGUGAAAUAGAACCAACCCCAUCUAAUAAACGACAAGUAUUAGAUUCUGCUCUGUAUUUACUCAGGUUACCUGCAAUGUCUUUAGAAGAAUUCGCCAAUGGACCAGCUCAAAUGGGCAUGCUAACAUUAGAAGAAACGGUUGAUUUGUUUCUCCACUAUACUGCAUCUAACAAACCUCGCUUGACUUAUCCAACUAAACCACGAAUUGGACUAAAACCUCAGACGUGCCAUCGAUUUCAGUCCUGUGCUUAUCGUAGCAAUCAGUGGCGGUAUCGAGGUCGUUGUGAUAGUAUUCAGUUUAGUGUUGAUCGCCGUGUGUUUAUCGUUGGUUUUGGUUUGUACGGUUCAUCAACUGGGGCUUCUGAUUACACUGUUAAAAUUGAACUCAAACGUCUAGGGCACAUUUUAGCUGAAAACAAUACAAAAUUUUUUUCAGAUGGUUCAAGUAAUACUUUUCAUGUUUAUUUUGCACAUCCUGUACAAGUAGAUCCCGAAUUAUUUUAUACUGCUUCAGCUAUAUUAGAUGGUGCAGAAUUAAGUUAUUUUGGCCAAGAAGGACUUAGUGAAAUAAAUGCCGGUUGUGUAACAUUUCAAUUCCAAUGUUCUUCUGAAAGUACUAAUGGUACUGGAGUUCAAGGGGGACAGAUUCCAGAACUUAUAUUUUAUGGUCCAAUUAGUGAGAAUCAUUAAUACAUUUUUAAAUUAUUUCCAAUCCGAAUUAAAUACCUAAAUAUAUAAAAUUACUAAACUCAAUUGAAAAUAUUUUGUGAAAAAAAUAUUGCUCCUGUAUGAUAUUUUGGAUCUCUAUUAUUUCCAACCACUAAACCACAUCUCAUAUUCAACAAUUAUAAUUCAACUAAAUUAGUGGUGUAUGAUUACACAUGUUUAUCAAGUAAAUUAUGUUUAUUUUUAGAUGUAUUAUUAUGUAUCUGUUAUAAUAUUUUUCUUUGUUGGUAAUUAUGAACAGUAUUCUGUCAAAAUAUUCAAACUAAAAUAUUUUUUUCCCGCAUUUUCUUAUAAUUAUAAUUAUAUAACUAUGCUAUAUGUGUGUAAUCGUAACUAGUCCAGUGCUCGAAACAUUAUUCAAUUCAUAUUGAUAAGAUAUAAGUAUAAUUAAAAUCUAGCUUUAUAUAAAUUUCAUUUUUUUAGGCAACAUUACUAAGCUAUUACUAAUUUGGUUUUUUGUUUGUAUACUGUUUAAAUUAAAAGUAUAAAGGAUUCUUUUAAAUAUUUUAAUCAAGUUAUUUUGGUUUGGAUAUUUUGACUUAGAAUCAUUAUGAACUGAUAUUAUUUAUAUACAUUUUUAUGACAAAACAAACAGACAUGCUUGACUUAUUAGACAUUAUUUUUAUUUUAUAACAUUGUUAAGACUAUUAAUUAUAAUAGGCAUAUCUUCUAAAUUGUUUACCAACUGUAUUAAUUUACAAGUUUUAAAUUUCUUGCAAUAGUACUAUAUUUUUUUUUUAUUUUUUUUUAUACUAAGUUUUAAAAUGUUAUGUUAAACAUAUUAUUAUGAAUUAAGAUCAAACUAGUUACUAUUUGAUCGAAUGUCACUUGUAUAAUGUUGUUGCCUUAUCUUGUAUUAUUUUUAAUACAUCCUUAAUACGCUCAAUAUCCUUGUGUAUAUAAUUAUUUAAUAAUAAAUAUAUUAUGUAAUUAACAUUGAUUAAAUUUAUUACAUAUAUAUUAAAUCAGUGGUACUUAUGGAUAUCCCUGUAUGGAUUGUUUUUCAUAUUUUUUUUUUUUUUUUUUGUUAGUGCAUUGCUAAUAGUUUAUUCAUAAUAUAGUUAAUAAUUAAUUACAAACAAAAAAAAAAAAACAAUUAUAUUCUUUUUUUGGUUAUAAACUACUUAAUAAUUUAUUUAUAAAUUGAUUUUAUUUACUUAGAAGUUUAUACUAGGUUACCAUUAAUUGACUGUAUUUUGAGCUUUAACAAUGAUAUAAAAAUAGUAUUAUGAUUGUUUAAAUUAUUAUGGCAUUAUGUAACAUUUUCAUAAAAUUUAAACAAUUGUUAUUCUUGUUUUUGUGUGUGUGUGUGUGCAAUAUAUUUUAGAACAAAAUUGUAUUUUCUCAAUUUAUUUUAACAUUUUUCAUUAAAACAAUUUUCUUAAAGAAUCACUUGAAUAAUCAACUUUAAUUUUAAGUUACAAAUUAUAAAUGUACUUAUAUAUUUUUCUUAAACACCAAUCAAUCAUUUUGACUAGUGUUUUAUUUCCACAGCUAAUUAGUUUUUUUUGAUUAUUACUUGUCUAAGCCAUAGACCUUAUACUUAGGGUACUUAGAAUUUAAGGUCUAUAGUCUAGGCGUUUCUUGUGUCUUUUAAUAAAUAUUUAUUUUGUAGGCUGUGAUAGGGGUUUUUUUAUUUUAUGUAUUUCAUAUUUUUAAAUAAAACAAAUUUUAUAAACAUA